CGUGACUGAAGCUCGCUCUCUCUGCACUUCUUAGGCUGGCGCCUGCACUAUGGCACCACUGAGGAGGAGUGGGUCUAAAGCCACGGAAGGCAGCUCGUCGGCCGGGGUAGAGUUGGCAGAAUCGAGGCGCCUGGACAGUAUAAAGAAGAAUCGAGUCCAUCAUGAAUCCCAGAGGAAAUGGUUGAAAAUUUCAUUGUUGGGAUCAUCUGGUCUACUUGCCAGUCUUUUAUUGUGGAGCUUUUUGAAUGGUGAUGAUGGUGUUACUGAAGUUCUAGCUCAUCAUAAUGAAAUUCUACAGAACAGGUUUAUUGAGGUGAUUUGUUCAGAGGAUUAUGACAGUCACAAAAGAUUUGAAGGGUGUACACCUAGAAAAUGUGGCAGAGGCAUAACAGACAUAGUAAUCACCAGAGAAGAAGCUGAACAACUCCGUCGUGUAGCUGAGAAGGGAUUGUCCCUAGGAGGAUCUGAAGGAGGGGCUUCCAUCUUGGACUUACACUCUGGAGCACUUUCUUUUGGAAAACAUUUUGUAAAUCUGUACAGAUACUUUGGGGCAAAAAUCCAAGAUAUUUUUUCAGAAGAGGAUUUUCAGUUAUAUAGGGAUGUGAGACAAAAAAUUCAGCACACAAUUGGUCAAGCUUUUGAUAUCAACAUUUCAUCCAUGUAUCUGACAAAGCCUACCUUUUUCUCCCGGAUAAACAGCACAGAGGCCAAGACAACUCAUGAUGAAUAUUGGCAUCCUCAUAUUGAUAAGAUAACGUAUGGUUCCUUUGAUUAUACCUCAUUGCUGUAUCUCUCAGAUUACAUGAAAGAUUUUGGUGGAGGAAGAUUUGUGUUUAUGGAAGAAGGUGUUAACAAGACUGUAGAACCUAGAGCUGGUCGAGUCUCCUUCUUUACCUCUGGUUCAGAAAAUCUCCAUCGAGUAGAGAAGGUCCAUUGGGGUACUCGAUAUGCAAUCACUAUCUCUUUUACCUGCAAUCCUGACCAUGGCAUUGGGGAUCCAGCAGACCUUUAAGAGAAGGGUCCAAGGAAAUGUUAGCAGCAACUUUGUUGGAAUGGCACUGGAGAAUCAUCACCAUACAUACAAGUUGGAAGUAAUAAAAUGAUAAAUUUGAGUGAUAAAUCAGUCCCAUUUUAACACAUAUAUUAUUCAUAUAAAUAUAGUGUUUAACCUUCUGGGAUGGGUGGUGUGAACAUAAAAAAAUCACAACAAUUAACCUAUUAGACAGUACAGUUGAAGGAAUUAAUUUUUCAGAUUGUUUAUCCUGCCCAAUCUAAGUUAGAGAUAAAAUUUUAUUGCCUCACAUAUGAGCCUCUAAGUCAAUGAUGGUGUGCCAGAAAGGAGUCCUCUCUGUGGGCAUGCCUGUAGUCGUCCACCAGUUAGUUACUAGAAAGCCAGAGGGGCUCAGGGCAGAGUUCCUCUGUCCAUACACCUAAACAUUCUCACUUCCCUCACCCCUCUGCCCAACAGCCCAACAGGGAGUGCUUCUUCCUCCCCUGUCUGGGGUAAGGUGCUGGGGGUGGGAUGCAUAUGCUGUUUGAAGGUGUAGUACAGAUGGCAGUCUGUUGAGUCUGUGGUGAAGGUGAUUCCCUUGGUGGGGUUGGAGAGGAACUAGGUUUGAGGGGAGCAUAGCCCAUGGUGUGGUACAUUGCUGAAGGGGAGCAGAGUGUGUGAGCCAGUCUCCUCCCCCUCUCCACAUCACCCCCACCCCCGUCCAACCCAAUGGGAGUGCUUCCUUUCUCCCCUGCCUGGGGUAUGGUGGGGCUGGAGGAUAAAAGGGCUGGUGGUGGGGCAUGGAACUUGGCUGGGUGGUGGGGUCCAGCACUUCUCUAAAAGAUUUGCCAUCACUGCUCUAAAUAAACACAUUUAUGCAUAUGGGCCAAAAUAUAUCACAAUGUUGUCUUUGUACAGGUUUAUUUUGAUUACAAUAAUGGUAUUUUAUUUAACCUCUCUUAAGAUGAUAUUUAAUAGAUAAAAUUAACCAUGAGAAGAGAGAAAAGAAGACAUUUUUUAGAGAAACAGAUCUUUAUAAGGAGCUUGUAUUCAUGUGAUAGUAGAAGUGUAAGAUAAUAUACAAAAUUUGAGAGGUGAGUUUGUAGGUAGUGGUUGGGGACACCCUCUUUCAUAAAGAGGUUGUAUCAUUUGAAAUAUUUCAGAAUUUUAAAAAUUUAUCCAAUGAAAAGAACUGUAUUUUAAGGGCUGUUAAAAAUAGUAAAACUGCAAGUCAAAUGCAAACUGCCAACAAUGGUUACUUUACUUUGUAUUAACAAGAAGAAAAAUUUACUUUUUAGAUUCUAGUUGUAAUAGAGGGUAUUUUUUUCAGUUGGUAAAGAAUCAGGGAGGGAGAAUAGAGUACUCUCCCCCUCAAGGCAAGGCAAAGGAGAUAUCUCUGUUGUUAAAGUUGACCCAGGAGGAGGAGGGUUAGUCUGUUUUGUUUUCCCUUUAACCUUCCUUAAAUAUGGCCCCUCAUCUAGCCUGCCAGAUUAUUACCCUCUAUCACUUUGAGCAACAAAGUUCAGCAAGCCCCUCUUCUUAAAUGAAGAGAGGUCACUUCACUCCCAAUUCAGUUUGAGAUGUCCCUCACUCAAUCUUUAGACCAGUUAAUAAUAAAAUCAUAAGUUUAUUCUACUGAGAUAAUAAACAAGGUGGAGUGAGGAAAAAGGGCAUGAAUUGAGGUAAAGGAAAGAGGAAAAGAGGGGUCCCUCACUAUUUAAACCCAUUUCUCCCAAAGCUGGGGUGACUUGAGCUCAAAAGCCUCAAGAGCCUGAGGGGUUCAAGGUGAUGAACCCUGACUUUUAGCUCUGCCCAGCAGAAGCCUCAGUUCAGGAGAGGAGACUGUGAUUUCUUCUUGUGGACCUUUCUUCUUUCUCAAUCUUUGUUUUGGGGUGAUAAAUAUCAGGAGUGAGUGAAAAGAGAGAUUUAUUGGAGUCUGGACCCAGUCAAAGACUGUACCUUAUCCUUAGCUGUCUCAAAGCCAAAGACACAGGCACCAACUGUCUCAGAGCUAGAGAGCGAGUGUCUCAGAUUCAGAGUCCAACUGUCUCUCUGAAUUCCUUUCUCUCAGAAUUCCAAGAUCACUUCGCCCAUACCCCGUUCCUGUAGCUGUGAUCUUUGCAUCCAUUCCAGGCUCUUUGCAUGUCCAAAAACAGUCUCUGGAUUUCCUCCUCUUCCACAAUCAGAAAUAACAUUGAGAGUUUGUGUCUUACUCAAACAAAAAUAUUAUUUUACUUGAAAAUCCUCUUUACCUAUUCUUUACCAGUUUAGAUUACUUAGCAACGUACAGACCUCCUCAUUCCUCUCCCUUUACAUUUAGCCCACAUUAUUUAAUAUCAUAAAAAUAUAGACUAUUGAAGAAUUACUGUGUAAUUUUACAUUAAUAUUUGGGUGAGGAGAAGCUCAGGAUAUAGGAUAAGGUGGAAGGAAAUCUUAAUAUGAUGACGUGAAGAACUUUUGAAUAAAAUUACAUAUUUUAUCUCUUUUUCUUUUAUUUCUUCUAGUUCUUUACUUUUUAAAGAUUGUGGUUCAGUUGUUUUAGUCAUAUCUGACUCUAUGAACCCAUCUGAGAUUUUCUUGGCAAAGAUAUUGGAAUGGCUUGGCAUCUCUCCAGCUUAUUUUAUAAAUGAGUAAACUGAAGCAAACAGGGUUAAGUGACUGGCUCUAGUCCUACAGCUAGUAAGUGUCUGAGUCCAGAUUUCAGCUCAGGAAGAUAAGUCUUGCUGACUCCAGGGCUGGGCCUCUAUUCACUGUAUACCACCUAACUCCCCUUUUAAAGACUAUCUCUACAGUAAACACUUUGCAUCUUGUCCCUAAUGUGAAUUUACAUUGAAGGAACAGAAAGAGUGACAAGAAUUUCACUUUGUUUUAUGUUUAACUUACACAAAUUUUUGACCUUUUAAAUUAUUUGAAAGAUUAAAAUCUCACUGGUAAACUGUUUUGUAUACUUUACUGAUUGCUUUAUGGGGAACCAUGGAUAUUUGCUGUGUCUGAGAAAAGUAAUAAAUGCAUUUUAUUAUAUUUUUGCCUAUAAA